AUGAACGUUGCGGCCAAAGAUAUGUUCCGCAGAUUCAAAGAUGAGAAGGGCCACUUCAAAGCUUGCCUCCAGCAUCAGACAAAAGGAAUGCUGAGCUUGUACGAGGCUUCCUACCUUGAAAAGGAAGGGGAGCUUGUCCUGAGCCAAGCUACGGACUUCACGACUAAGCACCUCAAGAAGCUCGUGGAACAGGGAUCACUGGAGCCUCCUCUCGGAGAGCAGGUGGCCUAUGCCUUGGAGCUUCCACUGCAUUGGCGGAUGCAUAGGUUACACACCAGGUGGUUCAUAUAUGCGUACCAGAGGGAUGCCACCAUGAACCCUCUGCUACUUGAAUUGGCUAAGCUGGACUUCAACAUGGUUCAGGGCAUAUAUAAGAGAGAACUCAGUGAAGCCUCAAGAUGGUGGACCGAUAUCGGCCUUGCAAACAGGCUGCCAUUCUUCAGAGACAGAUUGCCAAUUGGCGAGCACUAA